CUUCCGGCGCGGGCGCCGAUCGCAGGGAACGCGCCAUGGCGUCGGCCUAGGCCGCCCGGGACCGCGGGGCCGCGGGCCGCAGGUAUUGAAUAAAAUAUGCUGUUAUCAAUAGGAAUGCUGAUGUUGUCUGCCACUCAGAUAUACACUAUUGUGACUGUGCAGUUAUUUGCCUUCCUGAAUCUUUUACCUGUGGAGGCAGAUAUUUUAGCAUAUAACCUUGAAAAUGGAACCCAGACAUUUGAUGAUCUACCUGCUAGAUUUGGCUACAGACUGCCAGCAGAGGGCUUGAAGGGAUUUCUAAUAAAUUCCAAACCAGAGAAUGCAUGUGAGCCUAUAGCCCCACCUCCGCUGAGAGACAACUCCUCUGGUGCUUUUAUUGUGUUGAUCCGAAGGCUGGAGUGCAACUUUGAUGUCAAGGUCUUAAAUGCCCAGAGAGCUGGAUACAAGGCAGCUAUAGUGCACAAUGUUGAUUCUGAUGACCUCAUAAGCAUGGGAUCCAACGACAUUGAGAUUUUAAAGAAGAUUGACAUUCCAUCUGUCUUUAUUGGUGAGACGUCAGCUAAUUCUCUUAAAGAGGAGUUUACUUACGAAAAAGGUGGCCAUGUUGUGUUAAUCCCAGAGUUCAGUCUUCCUUUGGAGUACUACUUAAUCCCUUUCCUAAUAAUAGUAGGGAUCUGUCUUAUUCUCAUCGUCAUAUUUAUGAUAACAAAAUUUGUUCAGGACAGACACAGAGCAAGAAGGAAUCGUCUUAGGAAGGAUCAGCUUAAGAAACUUCCCGUACACAAGUUUAAGAAAGGUGAUGAAUACGAUGUGUGUGCCAUCUGUCUGGAUGAAUACGAGGAUGGAGACAAGCUCAGGAUCCUUCCAUGCUCUCAUGCAUAUCACUGCAAGUGUGUGGACCCAUGGCUGACAAAAACAAAGAAAACCUGUCCUGUGUGUAAGCAGAAAGUGGUCCCUUCCCAGGGGGACUCUGACUCGGAGACAGACAGCAGCCAAGAGGAGAAUGAGGUGUCUGAGAACACUCCUCUGCUCAGGCCUUUGGCCUCGGUCAGCACGCAGUCCUUCGGGGCUCUGUCAGAGUCCCAUUCUCAUCAGAACAUGACUGAGUCCUCGGAGUAUGAGGAGGAUGACAAUGACAAUGUUGAUAGCAGUGAUGCAGAAAACGGGAUGAAUGAAGAAAGUGUAGUGGUUCAGCUGCAGCCCAGUGAGGACAGGGAGUACAGAGUGGCAAACACUGUCUGAGACUACCAAUGACCCAUAGGUGUAUGAACAAAAGGGUUCUUAAGGCUAUUUACAAACCUUUGCAUAGGGAAUCUCUUUUAAUCUGUAAUCCAUUUGGUUUCUUUGAUAGGAGCAGCAGUUCAUGUAGUAGUACUCUGGUUAAAUCAUUACAUGUAGAUUUAUUUUUGAUUCAGGUAUUCAGUCACACAUUCUGUCUUCUCAAAACCAACAGUUAAACUGGACUUCACAAUGCUAAUGAAUAAUGUUAAUAGUUUAUAUCAAUAGAAACAUCACAGAGACUCUAAAUGUCUCCUGUUCAAAUGGAAUUUCUCUGGAAAAAUUUUAUUUCCAUUUUGUAGCUACAACUGGGUCAUCCUGAGAGCAAUAUUUAUUACAUGUAGAUAUGUGUUACCCCUUAGGCCCAACAAAAACUGUAUUUGCAUGUUUGUAUAGUUUUCCUGAAAACUGUCACCACUGCUGAAAGGCAAAUGUAGAACAGAUCAAUAUUCUAUGUGCUGGUAUGUCAAAACAAAGCAGAAGAAAUUCCAAUUUUAUCUCAAAGCAGUGAUUCCAAAUAAUCCUUGGAGUUUGCCAUGGUAGCUGAGUUUAAGCAGUUCCUUUGAGUAACUCCCAGGAUGAGGAAACUUAGAAUAUAUGUUUAGUUUUGAGCAAUUCACAAGGUCAGGUCCACCAUAAGCACAUUAAUUAUCCCUCCUUGCUACUACUUCGUUGUCUGGUUUCCAGUGAGGAGGUGGGACUUGGGAAACAAGUGAGACAGAGGUUUUGCUCCACAUAGAAAAAGAAGUUUAGGGUAUUAUAUUGAUCCUUGGCUCAUAUACCUCUUACUAAGAGCAUUAAAUGCUGCAUUAGUCUGCUAAACUGUAUAUAAAAAAAUUGUUCUUUUCAAAUACCUGAUUUGAAAACAAGUGCUUACACCUGUCUCACAGAACUAAGUACUUACCAGUGUAUCACAAAAAAGAUAGAUUCUAUAUAAUACCUCUGUAACUAUGUAGAAAGUAAAACCAUGCAUAUACUCAAAUGGAGAUUUUUUAUAUGGCCUUGACUAAGGAAAGCUUGAAAGAAUGUUAAUAAACAUGUUUUCCACUUUAAAUACCAGAGGUUUAUUGAACUUUUGCAUCAGUUGAGACCUUGUGCACGCUUACAUUACUGAGGGUGCUUUUGAAGAUGCAGAACAUGGAACUCUUGGGAUCCUGAGCAGAUGUUUCCUGUGUCACACUGUGGAUCACAGUACAAGGAGUUGCACUGACCAGUGCUACAUCCAGGGGUCUGAGUUAUGCAGAAAACCUUCGUUUUUGUUCACUUGUAGCUUGAGGAGGAGUUUGGACUGGCCAGAGUCUGUAGUUUGCCUGGAGGAGUGUGCAGGAGGACCAGGGUGCUCUGAGCAAUUCCCAGCCAGCUGGCAGCACCCGCAGAGCCAAGCCCAGCGCUAGAACCUGGACAGGAGAUGGCAGGUGAGGUGGGCCCAGAUGGCAUUUCUGACCUAACACUCUAGGCAGCCACACACCCUGCUGUUCUGGGCCUGGCUGAGAGCAAGGAAAGUUUAUUUUGCACAGUAAGGCACAGUAAAAGGAUAAUAAUGAAAGGAUGAUUCAUCUCCAAACCACUGCUGCCAGCAGCCAUGGGUAAUGACAGUUAGUGUAGUGGUGUAUUUUCACCAGCCAGAAUUCCCCUUCAGUGUGCAUAUGUCUAGGUGAAUCCAAAUGGGAAAAUGGUUUCUGAAAAUGUAAUUACUAAGCUGAAAGAUGUUUCUUAAAAUAGGUCCCUGCUAUUGCUGUGUGUAUGUUUAUUCAUUAAUGUAUUCCAGGCUUCCCAAAGUCUGAAGAGUUCCAGAACCAUGAACUGAACUAAACUUUGUAAUAUGGCUCUUGUGUAAUUCUAGUGCCUGCAAUUAGUUGCAGACACAGUUAUGCUAGGAAAAUUCACCAACAAACACAUUUGAAAAAGUAAUUUGAACAACACCUAAUUAACCAAGCAGAAGCAUACAGGUGCCAUACACCUCAAGAGAGGGAAUUGGUCAGAAAGGAACAAUGCCACACUAAGGAAGGUGAUGGCAAGUACCUGGUGUGUGCUGCCAGCAGCUGCUCUGCCUGGGGUGCUGCUACAGUCAAUCCCAUCCACUCUGGGCCUAACCACAGCAGCAGCUUCGGGAAUAUAAAACCCUCAUCCUCCUAACCAGGGAGAAACAAAGUGCUGCAGGCAGAAUGUGACUGAAAGCAGAGCUCUGCAUCCUCUGUACCAGUUACUACUGAACAGGACUUUGCUCUGAACUCUGGGUGUGAUGGUCUGCUCCAACUUUGGCACUGGGAGAUCCAGUUCAGACAGAGCCACUUGGCAGUGGGAGAACAUGAACACUAUAUAUAGAACAUUUUAGUUAGACCCAGGUCUAGUGCCAAGCAGAGGAGCAGGUGCAGCUGACACCAGUGAUGAAGGUGUAGGGGAGGGAGGGGAGAACAAAGGUGUUCAGGUCCUGUCCAAGAGCACCUGACUAGUUCAAGGGCCCAGGAAGGCAGAGCCUUUCCACAGAUUCAUCUCCCACCAUCUGGGCUCAGCCCCAGGACUCACCAUCACAGCACCUUGGGCUUGUGUUUUUAGGAGUUCUCAGCAGAAGUAACAAAUACAGGUGCAAUCCUUUAAGGUAAUGGAGACCUUCAAUGUGCCCCUUCUCUGGGUGAGGGGAGCACAUUCUGUACUGACCUGGACAGGCCCCCCCAGACUCCUCUGCCAGCUCCAGGGUGCAGUCACCUUCAGCUUGUUUCAGGAAUGGUUUAGCGGGCAGUCAGAGGGCAGGGGCACCCCACACCAGAGAGCUGGAUAAAUGUGGAAUUGAGGGAUGAGAAAUCAUCUCCUAAUUAAAGAUCUACCCCAAAGACUGCCUGGCUUUUGACUGAAGUUUUAAUACCACACCACUUACCAUAUUAUUAUAUCAUACUAUUUCUAUUAUCAGACUAUAUUGUCCUGCAACCCUUAAAACUGCACUUAGACCUCCUGGUAGUGUGGCCAGCCAUGCACUGACGGCCCUCAGAGGAUUUCCUGGGUGUGAGGUGGAAAAAUUACCCACAGUCUGGUUUUGUUUGGUUGGAAUAAAUUUAUUUCAUCUGUCUGUAAACAAGGUGUUUUUAAUAGUUAUGGCAUUUUUUGAAAUGCAUAUUAAAUCAGAUGAGUUAGACUGUAUCCCAGAUGUAACAAAGUGCAGGGAAAGAAAUGGACAAAUCAGCAACAAGAAUUUGUUUAAAUCUGUACAUUAUCCACAAGGCCCAACAAUAGAAGCAAAUACUAGAAUAUCCCUAAGGUAGUGCCAGUCAAAAGAAACCCUCGGAGUCAGUUAAAAUCCAUCUCACAAUAGCAACAGUUCUUUUUUUUUUUUUAACAAUAGUAUGGCACAGAAUACAUAUUAAAAAAUUCAU